GACGAGGUACCCGCGGUGGCACUGACCGAGGAGUCCGGGGGCGUCGCGCCCGACUGGUCCUCCGAGACGGGCGAGGUGGAGCUGCGCGCGCUCGGCGGGAGGGCGUCGGCGGCAGGCGACUCCUUCCACGCCGGGGUGCUGCGGCUGCUCUCCAUGCACAGCCAGGUCCAGCAAGAGGUCACCCAGCUGCGCGAGAUGGUCGCCCAGUACGAGUGCAAUUUCAAGAAGAUCCAGUCCGCGAUGGUGUGCAGCGCGGCGGACACGCCGGAGAUGGCCGCCCUCAUGGAGACGGCGCCCGCGCCGGCCGCCGCCUCUCCGUAA